AAAUGGCUGCGUUUGUCCAGAGCCGAUUUACAGUUUAGCAUUGAACUUGGUCGGGAGUUCGCGAAAAGACCUGUGCGACGCGUCGCCUUUGAUUUCUGUUUAAAGAGUUUUAUUUGCUGCUAAAUAUGCUUUUUGCCGUGUGCUCCGUUUUGCUGUUCGCUUGCCUGACACUAGGUGGCGCCAACGGCGCAUCCAAUUUCCCUGCUGAACUGCCGCGUUGCCAUCACGGCGACACCGAGUGCAUAAUCAAUGUGUCUCACACUUUAGUGCGCCAAUAUGCUCGUACUGGCUACGCACCAGCUGCCUUUCCACAGGUGGAACCGUUCCUGAUUAAGCGCUUUGAUAUUUCGGAUGGACGCAGCGGCUCGCUGAGUCUGAAGCUCAACUUCCGAGACGUCAACGUGGAAGGCUUGUCCGGUGUCAAGUUCGACCGGGCCGUUGGCUUCGACUCAAAUCCAGCCACAAGCAAGUUUGAAAUGUACGGCGCGUUCCCGAAGAUUAUUUUGCGUGGCAAGUACUUGGCUGAUGGACGCAUUCUAAUCCUGCCCAUACGCGGCGAUGGCGAUGCUGACAUCACCCUGCACAACCCCAAGUUCUCGGUCAAGUUCAAGCCGGCCACACAGGUGCGUAAUGGACGCACCUAUCUGAGUGUGGACAAGCUCAAGGUGCUCGUGGAGCCACAGAAAAUGAACAUCAGGCUGACCAACCUCUUUAACGGCGACCAAACGUUGGGUACCAAUUUGAACCAGUUCUUGAACGAGAACUGGUCUGAUGUCUGGAGCGAACUGCAGCCCUCGGUACAUGUGGCCAUUGCGGAUGUUAUGAAAAGCAUUCUGGCCACACUGUUCAAACGUUUCGCCUACGAGGAUCUGUUUUUGGAGGACUAAAGCGCCGCUUCCACUCUUUGAAUGUGACAUAUCUUAAUAUAUAUAAAGUCGUAGUCUAUAAGUUUUUAGCUAUUAACGUGUACGUGUGCGAGUAUUUUUCUUCACAAAUAUGCUUCGAUGGACUGUUUGCUGGUCUUAACCAGCAACACUUAAAUAACUAAGAACAAUCUUUAGAAUAAAAAUAAUUAAUUAAUAAAACAAGU